AUGUCACAACCUGGACCAGACCAACCUCUUCAGCCCAAACACAUCGUUAAACCGGAUGAUCAGUCGACUUGGGAAACAGCUUGGCAGAAAGGCGUUACCCCUUGGGACGCUGGCGAGGCGCAGCCGUCGCUCAAGGAAGCAGUCGAGAAAAGCGGAUUGGAAUUUCCAAAGACAGGAAGGGCGUUGGUUCCGGGAUGUGGGUCUGGAUACGAUCUCACCUACAUCGCACAGGCGACUGGUCUGAGCGUCCUUGGGUUGGAGAUUGCUGAAACUGCACUCAAGCGAGCAAAUAAGUUGAUUGAUGAAGCCAAAUCUGUAAAUCCCAAGAUUUCAGCCAGUAUCAGUAACCAGGACUUCUUCACGUUUGACCCUCCGGAGAACGAAAGGUUUGACCUGGUGUAUGACCAUACAUUCUUUUGCGCUAUUCCACCCUCGACGCGUAAGGCGUGGGGAAGUCAGAUGUCGAAGCUCGUCAAGCCAGGAGGACAUCUCAUCGUGAUUGUUUUUCCGAUGCUAAGCUACACCCCUGAUGGCCCCCCAUAUUAUAUCAGACCAGAGCACUACGAGGAAUUGCUCUCGGACAACUUUGAGAAGCUAUUGGAUAAAAUUCCAGAGGUCUCUUCGCCUUCACAUGUAGACAAGGAGAGGCUUGUUGUGUGGAGAAGAAGAGCUUGA